GGGGGAUCUUUAAGUUUUCUUUACAUUAGGACGUGACGUUACUUUACUUCCGUUUAACGUCUCAUUUUUCAUCGCCUUGACCCGCUGCCGGUGACCAAUCUCCCUCCUCCAGAAGGAUCUCUGAGCUCCGUGUACACAGUAGUCAACAUUUGACUUUUACUUCCGACCGUGUCAUCUCUUGCGUCUGCUGCAAAAAAAAAAGAAGCAAGUGGUUUAUUUUGGAAGUAACGCGGAGCUCUAACUUUGGCUGUGUAAAACACAUUUAAACGAAUCGAGUCACCCUCUUUAGCAGGAUGUCAGAUUUCGACAGCAACCCGUUCGCGGACCCGGAGUUAAACAACCCGUUUCAGGAUCCAUCAGUGACACAAGUAAGACAGACGGCUCCUCCAGGGUUAGAGGAGUACAAUCCCUUCUCAGAUGCCAAACCAACGCCUCCGGUUAUGGCAGCAAAGACUGCGGCGCCGUCCACCAACACACAACCCGCCAUCAUGAGUCCCACAGAGGAGCCUCCAGCCUACUCGCAAUCUAGAGGACAGGAGCAGUCGAGAGCAGCUGCUGAGCUGCUGAGGAGACAGGAGGAGCUGGAGAGGAAGGCUGCAGAGCUGGACCGGCGGGAGAGAGAGAUGCAGUCCCUCAGUGCUUCAGGAGGCAGGAAAAACAACUGGCCCCCCCUCCCAGAGAAGUUCCCAGUGGGCCCCUGUUUCUACCACGACAUCACCGUGGACAUUCCUGUAGAGUUUCAGAAAACGGUUAAGAUCAUGUACUACCUCUGGAUGUUUCAUACUGGGACGCUGCUGGUCAACAUGAUCGGCUGCCUCGCCUGGUUCUGUGUGGAUGCGGGACGCGGGGUGGACUUCGGCCUGGCCAUCCUCUGGUUCUUGCUCUUCACACCCUGCUCGUUCGUCUGUUGGUACAGACCACUUUAUGGAGCUUUCAGGAGUGACAGUUCGUUCAGGUUUUUUAUUUUCUUCUUCGUGUACAUCUGUCAGUUCGGUGUCUACGUCCUCCAGUGUAUCGGCAUCACAGGUUGGGGCGCCAGUGGGUGGAUCUCUGCUUUGACUGGCCUGAAUCGGAGCAUCCCAGUGGGCAUCAUAAUGAUCCUCAUCGCCGCUCUGUUUACCUCACUGGCUGUCAUGUCCCUCAUCAUGUUCAAAAAGGUCCACGCGAUGUACCGUACCACCGGCGCCAGCUUCGAGAAGGCCCAGCAGGAGUUCGCUACAGGCGUCAUGUCCAACAAGACGGUCCAGACGGCCGCCGCCAACGCCGCCACCAGGGCCGCGACGGGAACCUUCAAGGAGCAGAUCUGAUCUGCCACCGCAGAGCCCUCUCAUCUCUCCGUCACACCUUCACCCCUUACCGUCCUCCCACCUUUCUUCCUCUCUCAGUGCGACACCCAGCUUUCCACCGAGCCAGCCGCCCUGUUUGAACACACGGAGAGUCCCCCGCCCCCCCCGUCCUCCCUCAGCCUUCUGACAAUAUCUAACGGUUGAUCUGUAACCUGAGCGAGAAAACCGGGAACAUUCAAACAAGGCCUCGGCUCUCCGUCCUGCCCCGCCGACAUCCUGCACUCUCAUCACUGACUCUGGGACUCGUCACCCGCGCUGCACUCCUACCACUCAACCAGCGUGCUCGACUUUAUUAUCUUUUUUUUUUUUUCUCUCUCUGUGUGAGUUUUUGGUGUGUUUGGCCAACUUAAACGAACGUCUGCGUGCCUCUAUAAACGUUGGUGCCGCCUCGAGGCCUGUCUGUCUGUCUCUCUCCGUAGACGGACGCUCAUGUAGCCGAACCAAGUCCCACCUUCUGAAGUUACCCGGGCAUUUCCACCUGAAACAGAUCCAGAAGUUCUGUGCAGCCCCGUGUGUCUGAAUCUAAUCACUACUUCCUGUUUUUUUUUAAAUUAAUUUAUUAUGGGACAGACGGACGGCGUCUAGAACUCACUAUAGUAGUUGUCUGUUAAUUGUCAUUCAGUAGCAUUUCUCUGAUUUAUUUCUGCUGUUUUCCAUGAGUCCAUAACGUAACACUGCUGCCCCCCGGUGGAGUGACUUGUUAUUGCUGAAGAUGAAUGCUGUGCAUUCCAGUUCACUGCCUUGCCUUCUACCUUCUGCUUUCCUCAGAAUUUGGGUUUUAGAGAAUGUGUCGUCUUCCCUAAAGUGACGCUUCACCCAAAAUCAUAUCUGUAGAUUGUAGGGCUGCAGCUAAUUAUCAAUUAUCAUCUUUAUUUAUUGAUAGUUUUUUUCUAUAAAAUGUCAGGAAACGAUGACAAAUUCCAAGCAGACAUAUUCAAAUUGCUCUUUUUAUCCAAACAAAAGUGAGUUUACAAUCAUUUAAGUCAGACAAAAGAAGCAAAUUCUCACAUUUAAGAAGCUGAAGCAAUUAUUAUUAAUCGUUUCAACCCUCCCUGAAGUUCUGCCAGAGGUCGUGUUUUAAGCCAUAUUUCGGGAGUGUUUUUGUCUUUGAGGUGUCGAGCCGUGUUGGCGAGAUAAAAGAAGUUUGUUUACCUCAAGAACUGGGAGAUGUGCUUCUUUACAGAACAUGCAGCUCUUCAUCUAACAUCUCACUGUGGCUGUUUCUGCUCGUAUUAUUCCUCCCCUGCAGUAUUUAUAACUGAUCCGCAGACCAAACAGCUCCAGAUAUCUUCACAUCUCGUUGUGUCGACCUGUUUUUAUUAAAGAGCGGUAAACAAAUUUAAUUCCCUGUAAUUUCUUCAUGAUAAAAUCCUCCCGUUAGUUUGUCAGUGGAAAGCUUUUAAUACGAGGCAGCAACGGCAGGAAAUGUUCAGUUUUCAUCAGCUCCGAUAUGACUGAAAGCAAUCAGGAAACGGAUAAAACGGACCAACCCAGACUAAUGGAAAAACAACACAGUGACCUUAUAGAUGGACAGAGGAGGAAUAGAUUAUGCUGUUUCUUUUGAAACCGUUGGAAUCUAAUUUAACCACUAAAUUCACGCUACAGACUUUUAACAGCCAUGUUUCCCGCCUACAAACAGUGUUUGAUACUUAAAACAUUUUUUAUUUCUGAUUUUGGGUGGACUGUCACUUUAGAAUUUGCUUUCAAGUAUUUAUUUGCUUGAUGUCCAUUGCCUAUAAUGACCUUCAUAGCCAUUGUGAAAUAAUGUUUGGUUGCACUUUAAUCUGGUUUUUGCAAUGGAAGGAUAUUUAUGAUAUCGGCCUCACGCCUUCCUGCUCAUUAGUCUAGAUGUUUUAAUUCAUAACACGCACCAGCUGAGUUCAGCAUCGUUUUCACAUGAAGCCUGUUUUUUGUGUCAUUUCCUGGAAAAAAAAAAGAAUAAAAGAAACCCAAUCAGUGACACAGUUAACGUACGAGAGCCACUAUUCUGUAUAUACAGCUGCAUGUUUAUACAGUCAAAGUCUAACUUGUCUCCGGCUUUUCUUGCGUGCUGGAGAUUUACCUCAGUUUAACUCAGGAUGUACUCUUCACUUGCAUGACGAGGUUAAACAUUAAACAAGAUUGUACAAAAUUAGACACCUGCUGGCCCUCAUCUCGUUUUGAAACGUAUGUGUGCUGUACAUCGAUUUAUCGCAAUAAAAAUGACUUAAAAGAUCCGAAAAAUCAAAUAGAAGGGCCAGUAAUGUUGAUUUUUCUGAUAAUUUGCCUGCAGACUGACUAUCAUUGAACUCCCGCAAUCAAAUACAUCAAAUCUGAAGAUUGUCAUAAAAAAAAAAAGCAUUUUUGGCCACAAAAAUGUCUUUGAAUGUGUCUUUUUUUUUUUUUCUACAUACUGUAGGAGACUGGUGUUGCUUCAGUUGGAGCUUUGAAUGUGUCCGAUCACGUCGUCUGUCGCGGUUUAAGCCGGUUAAGCCUUUUGUACGUGUGUGUUGUGCACAGCAGGAGUGUAAAUAGAGGGAAUUUGGCCUUUUUAAGUCUUAAUUUUCAAUCAUUCUGAUUUACCGGAGACAUUUUUUUAAAAUCUGUUAAGGCUUCAUGCAGUUCUCUUGUUUCCUGUCUCCUCUCUGCUAACUUCUCCUUUUUUUAAAAAAAAAAAAGAUGUCAUACUGGCUUAAUUUGGACCAGUAGCACCAGUACAUUGUUGUGUACAACAUGAGAUUAUUACAGAAAAAAAAAGAAUCAACUUUGCUUUUUCUUUUUCGACUUGCUUCAAAAGAACAUGAUCAAUGUGAGAAAGGUGUUAGACCGCAACGCAACGUGAACUGUGUGAUGUACCGUGGAUGGAUUCGUGGCUUUAAGCUCUGCUUUAUAAUCAACAUGGUGUGUGUGUGUGUGGUAGAAAACACUGAGAACGAGAUUUUCAUUUAAAGCUUCUCUUAACAGUUAAAUUUUGAUGAAAUUAUGGAAGGGAUGUUUGUAUAUUUUGUACGAUUUACAGAUGGUCGGCUGUUUUGCUCUAAAAUUCGGUGUAAUAUAAAGAUGCACUCUGGUUUCACCUUCAGUCGCAUGUCGAGUAGUUUUGAGUUUUGUAUAUUUAUUGUAUUAACACUGAAUAAAAUUCUUCUUCUGUA